CGCUUGCUCUGCCUCCCACUUCGCCUGUAGGGUCUACCCUACUUUCUGAGCUAUUGCCACCGGCUUGAUGUCCUGACCAGUCAUUCUCCGUUGCCAGCGCCUCAAGCGCAUCGAGCCGCCUUUCCAGUUCGGCGCUCCUUUCCCUCUCUUAAUUCCCCAAGCUCGGCCACGGUCCUUACUAAUUGCGCGGCCUAGGGCCGCCUCCACCUUGACCAAAUCGUCGACUUUCGCCUGCAGUGCUACCCGCUUCCAGUUCCUUCCGCUUCCAAGUCCCUUCCACUUUUUGGACUGCUUUCUCUAUGCUUUCCGAAUCGGCGCGACGGAGAACGCCGCCGCGCGUUCCUCGACAACAACGAAGACGCCCGAGGUGGAUACCGCGGGAGUGGCCGCCGAUCCCAUCGUCGCCAAUUUUCCCUCCCAACAACGAGAGGGGGAAAGGAUGGAGAAGGAUGCUACCCCGAACAUUUACGACGACAAAACUGACGACGACACAGGUGGCUGUUGGAAGACAGUCAUACAUAAGCGACGCAUCCGUCAAACGCACGCUAAGACGCAACCCUCCGAGAACAUCUUGGGCAUUCGGGACGCCUCCCAGCCUACCGUACGCAAGCGCAGUCGGAAUCAGAACCUGCCUCAACUUCCUUUGCACGACGAAAAGAUAAUUCUGCGGCCUCACGGAGGACUUUGCCUCGAUAAGUGGACGCGCCCAGAACUCGCCAGUGCUCCAUGGAGUGCAGCCGGCUUGACCACCGACGAUCGUCCGGACAUCAUAUUCCGACUGCGACCUCAGCAGAACUUGGCAAUCAUCAGCACACCCCAGUCACACGUAGCCGACGCAUUGUACAAGAUCAAGGAGGCACUCAACUUGUUUUUCGAAAAACAGAAGGCAUACGAAGUUAAGCCAACCCACGUCAUGUUCACAUUGCUCAUUGGUGGCUGUGGCCGAGUUGGGUACACCAAGAUGGCGUUCAAACUGUACAAAAUGAUGCGUGAUCGCGGCCUAGAGCCAACGCCAGCUACUCUAACAGGACUGUUCAAUUCAUGUGCGGAGAGUCCUUAUCCUGAAAUGGGCCUAGAGAAAGCUCGCAACCUUUAUGAGCAGAUCAAGUUGAAAAAUUGGGUUCCCAGCAACCUCACCUACCAUGCCAUGAUCAAGGCAUUUGGCAAGUGUGGAGACCUUGACAUGGCCUUUAGGGUGAUGGAUGAGAUGGCCGAUGCCAAGCAUGCGAUUACCACCGAGACCUUUGCAUUUCUUCUGAUGGCCUGCAUCACUGACAAGGAAGCUGGAUUUUCACUGGGACUUAAAGUGAUGCGAACCAUGCUAUGGAAGAAGAUCCGACCCUCGGUAUACUGCUACAACCUUUUUUUGCGCACGGUCCGUGAAUGUGGUGUUGGACCACCAGAGAUGUUUCAGGAGCUGCUGCUAGAAUCUCUCCAACCUGGCAAGGCCAAACGGAUCAGCAAGAAGAAGGGCAAUGCCAAGGCCGACAGUAUGCUUCGCCUAGAGGCACUCUUGUCCGAUGCCACAAGUGAAGGCCCCACCGAAGCUGCUAGAUUCGCUCAAACAGAAAAGGAUGCCUCAGAACGAGUUUUUGAUACCAAAGAAGUGGAAGAGUUGCCGUCUGGUAGCUCUGGAAAGACAGCAACCUCAGCAAGCCUGGCCACUUUGCCGAACCUGCUCUCGCCAAGCUUCAAGCACACUGGCGAAAUUGUGGGACUAGGAAAGGUCACUGAACCUUACCACAGACUCCUAAUGAUUGGUGGAGUGAAGGGGAUGAUGGACCACUUUCGAGACAUGUCAGUGUGUCCAGAUGCCAAGACCAUCACGCUGCUGCUGGACUGCAUUCCCAACAACUGUGAUGCUGAGAUAGAGCUGAUCGCUGAAGCCGACAAGAUUGGUGUCAAGCUGGAUGUCGAUUUCUUCAACAUGCUCAUCAAGCGCAGGGCUUUUCGCUUGGAAAAGGAAACAGCCAAGGACGUCUUGUCCAUGAUAACAGCUCGCAGUCUCUACCCUGAUGUGGUCACUUUUGGCGUCCUCGCACUGACUGUGCAUACCAAGAGAGAGGGAAGUGAGUUCCUCAAGACAAUGCAGGCAAGUUCUGACUGCACACUUUCUUAAUGCAAAUAGUGUUCUGAGGAUACUUCACGCACUUUCCAGCAUCUAUCUGUGCUGGUAUCUGAUCGCUUUCAUUCCAUGCCAACUUGAGUCACUGAGUACGUGCUGCUCUUCAAAGAACCUUGGACACCAACUUGGGUCACCGGAUAUGUGUAGAACAUGCCUUUUACAUGAUGCAUUUCAGCGGUGGCAUUAUAGUGCGUCACUGCAUUGCCUAAAUGGUCAUUGCAUUAUCGUCAACAUCCGGCCUGAGAUGGUUUCUGUUGGAAUUGUUUCCCGGUACUUUACAUGCUGCAGGCUUUAGACAAGGCAGGCAUAUGGCCGCUCACUGAAACCUCCACCUGCAUUGAGGCUGUUAUACACGAUAACACAACUACUAGCGGGCAACUAUGAAUACUUUUAUUCAGUCAUCCUUGUUGUUUGACGAGUUUGCCUCAUCAGUGCUCUCCCAAAGCUGAUCGUCCUCUGUGCCAUCAAAUACUGUUUGAGAUUUGGAUCACCUUGGCACUCUUGAAGACAGCCUCGAACGAAAUGUCGCACCGCACAUUCAAAAUCUGCUUGUACAUAGCAGUGUCCUCUUGAAGGCCAACUGCAACAAAAUUUCAUUUGUUCUAAAUUGGCUUUAAAUGCAUAGUAUAUACUAUCCAAGUAAUCUUGGCAAAGUCGCAGCGCUGGAAAUUGUCCAAUUUUCUUAUAAACAGCAUUUAAAUAGCCUAAGCCUAAGCAGACGUGUACCCGGCGGUGAGUGGUAGUGAUGCCGGUAUGGAGAAAGUCCCAGAAUCGUACAUGACUGCUGAUCACUCUAUUGUGCCUAGGCGUAUUGCUCGCUCAACAUUUGCUAGUUGAUCGGUGUCUCUCUCGAUGUGCUUUCCCAUUGUGCACGUGAUUUGCCUGUUGCAAGAUUGCCGAUGCGUUGCAUGGCUGUCGGGUGGUAACACAUGCUCGAACACAAGCUAUGGCUGUGCAAUACACAGCUUCAUGCAGAGCAAGGCAGAACACAUUUUCCCUGUCCCAGCUUUCAGGGAAUAAGCAUGCACUGCACCGCAUCAGGAAAGUGUGAUGCUGGCCAGCCAACGCACAAAAAGCAUGUAAACUGCACUUGAUGAAGCUGCACAGGCUACAUUUCACCAGCACAGUCACUUACCCAUGCAAGAUCUGUCUGCUUGCCAAAUGCUUUCUUGAAAUGACUAUAAGUGCUGUAAGCUGCGAUGGAACAUGAAAAGCAAAGGCAAGUUGUAUUCAGGGGCAUUAUGUCCAGCGAUCAUUUCUGGUGGUGCAUCAUCUUCUAGACAUUUGGGACGUCUCUACAUAUGACGGGUCGAAGUAGAUGAACAAAAGCCUUUCUGACACAGCACUAGAAAAGCUGUCAGCCGGAACCACAUGCUCGAUUUGUCACAAAAGAGAAUGCAAUGUGGCGACUAUUGUGUAGGUGCUGGAGUGCGAUGCCGCUAGAGUGGCAACAAGGGCAUGACGAGUAACAUGACAUCGAGGCCUCUCCUAUUUUGUUUUUUUCUCCAUGAUGCAGCUUAAGAACUUGCCUUAGGACACUCAGUAUGGCUGAAACACACUGGAUCUAUGUUGUGUGAUCGUUAUUCAGUGGUGGCGUCUAAUGUUACAAUGAUGAUACCGUUUUCAGCAGGAUAGUAACUAGUUCCAUCUAGUGGCAGCUUGCAGAAAAUUAACCAGCAUGUGAAUAUGCACAUGAUGUUUAGGGUAACUUUUCCUUUCAGAAGUUUUUUACGUGCUAUGAGGUGAGAGUGCAGACCUUACACAAGUAAAUAUGGUAUAUAUGACUUGUGCGAUGUGGUUGUGUAGAAUGAUGUGAUGUGUAGAAAGAACACAUUUUCGAAGCGAUGCUUUUUUUUUUGGCUCCUCCCCUCACUCUGUGAGGAUGGCUGAGUUAACUGGGGCAAUCUCUGAGUCUGUGCAUUUAAGGCGAUCCUGAUACCAGCUUGCAAUAUGUGUUCUAGCAAAAUAUCUUAUGUGGUUCUAAACUUGGGCUGAUCCUGGAGGCAAUGCAAUGUCACAGCACUCACACAUGCAUUAACAGAUAGAGUUAACCAAUAAGUGACUCCAACGGUGUACCUCAGCAAGUCUAACGGGAAGCUGUCACUUUGACUAUCAUCCUCCAAUGGCUCCUGCCCUGUUUUGCUUUGUUUUGCUUCCCUUGUUUCAGUGCAAAGACAGUACAGCAAGACAAACAGAAGAGUUUGAUUCUCUUGUUUCAGAAUCAAAGUAUGUGAGUGUAAUCUGGCUGAUGAGCCUUUUUUUUCAGACAUGUUUGAAUAACUUGUAGUGCACCAAGGCUGCACUGAUUCAAGUAUAUAACACUAUUGAUAUCAGCUGUAUUGUCUACAAACGUUUGAUGGGAAGCAUCUGGAGACCUAUGAGGAAAAAUGCUUUUGCAUCAAAGAAGCAAAGCACAGAAAAAGACAUCAAGGAGAAGUUUAAGUUUUAAGUUUAUUUCAAUUUGCAGUGUAUAUAACACACACGUGAACAUCUUCUGUGACCCAAGAAUAUUGAUUAAGGGUCCCAGACGAAUAUAACUAGAUAAGUAUACAAAAAAAUGUGAGCAACAUUGACAGCAAUUUAACAGGACUAUAGUACAGGAUGAACAGUUCUCUUAAGCAUGGGGUUAGUAAGCGAGUUUUUUAGAUAUUCUUUAUUAAACAAGUGAAAAGAAGUGAAGGCAAUGCAGCUAAGCAUUUUGUGAGGCCUGACUUGAAGGAAGGAUACCGGGAGAAAAGUGAAUAGUUGGAAAAUGUUUGCUUUGUACCAGCAAAAGUCCUUAGCCUAAACCCAGCUCUCAAACUGUUUAUUUUCCGUUAUGUUUUGUACAGCAGGUUGUGCUUAUUAUGCCAGGAAGUGGCACUUCUGCUGUUGUCGCUGUGUAACGAGUGGUACUCACUCUUGCCGAUGUUCCGGGAUUGAAGUCCUUUCUUUGGAGGCUAGCGAUACAGUGCUGGCACAUGAGUGAAUUUUUUAUUGUCGAGGAAAGUCGUGCAUUGGGAAGGGCUGUCAAUGCAGGCAGUCCAUGUGCAGCAGAGGUCCAUGAAAACAGAUUUGUUCGAUUCCUUAAUAUGCCAGUGAUUACUUUUGCAGUCAACUGUUGCACUAUUUUUCCCUGUACCAUUACACAUUUCGCAGCAUGAAUUGAGCACAGUGUGUCAGCGAUCACCCAGUUGCGUUUAUGACAGCUGAUUGCACAGUAGCAGUGUUGAAGCGGUAAUUGUUUCGCAUUCAUGCACUUUCACUUGGGGCAACGUGUGGCAUGCCACCAGAAGGAGACAUCUUUUUCGUUUAGAGAAAACUAGUCUGUGAAAAGGGUCUAUAGCCUAAAAAAAAAAAACGAAGUACAGCUGUCACAAUUUGUUGCAUAUGAUGGAAAGUGAAACUUUCAAUAUAUAUUCCUGGGUCCAAAUGUGUUGCGUUUCAAGGGGUCGCAGAUGCAGAGUCUGUUAUAUUGAUACAGCAUAGCCACAGAUAAAGGCUGCCUCAGUGUUGCUGCAGUGAGUAUUGUGAGAAGGACAAAGUGGUGCCAUUUGCUAGUCGACCACCAUCUUGGUCGCAUUUGGACUAACAGUGUAAAUGCAUAUGGUAAAUAGACUUUUGCCUGAGUUUACACACAACAUCAUCAUUAAUGUGGUAUAUACAGCAAAACCUCGUUCAUACGUGUUGAAAAAAAAACACACAAGAAAAACGUACUAACCGGGAAAACAUGCGAUCUGAAUAACUAGUAAACGUUGACAGACUCAACUAUAGUUGACAUCUAUGUAAUGCAAAGCGUCGUGCGGAUCGUUGCGGCAUGAAAUGCCGGCGUGCAUCGAGCUGGUGGUGCUCCGGCGGCCCGAGACCCGUUUUGUUGUUUUUCUAUUGCGUGGUGUUUUAAGAGGGCGACGGGAAACCGGAGUGAAAAAACCGAGGUGACACCGGAUGCCACCGGAUGCCACCGAAGCGCAAUUUGAGGCCCACAUCAUGCCGCCUGCAGCAGGGAAUGGCAGCUCGUUUGGAUUAUCACCUACUAAAAUCGUGCAGUACGCUACCAAUGGAACUACGUGCCACGCACUAUAAAGAGAUAGGUGAAGAAGCUUAUCGCAAUAGGUUUGGCCGCGAUAGCUAUGAAUGCGGCGUGCGACGACCCGGGCGGAGAUUUGCUGGUAGCUGAAUAAGAAACUGCGCACCGUCAUUUGCUGUGAGACUGCUAUAUACUGUUCGAUCGCACGUGCCUUGUUCACAUGGACUCUAGCGGCCGGAAAACGUGUACGCUUUCAUUCUGCAGCAGGGAAGGGCAGCGCAUUUCAGUUAUCACCUAUUAAAAGCGUGCACUGCGCUUCUGAUGGCACCAUGCAUGUGCUGUAAAACAGAUAGGCAAAGAUGCUUAUCGCAAAAGGAUUGGCGCUGAUAACUGUGAAUGCCAUGUGCGACGACCCCGGAGAAGAUUUGUUGGUACCGAGAUGAGAAACUGAGUGCACGCCAGUGACAGGCGGGCAAGUAUUUCGGUGAAGCUGCAGCGGCGGGCAGCUAUAUACUGUUCUCGAUCGCGCGUGCCUUGCACAUUUUCUUGUUUACAUGGGAUCUAUCGGCCGGAAAACAUAUAUGUGUAAUACAAUUGCAGUUUGGUGACGUACUGAACAUUGGUGCCGAAAAAUCGUGUUUUCCGGGAAUGUAUGAACCAGUAAAGAAUGAGCAUAACUCUGUUGGGUCAUUUUUCGUGUUCUCGAUUGCGAAUGAUGGCGCCGGGAAAACUUAUGUAACGGGAACAUACAAUGAGGUUAUACUGUAUAAAUGUGUGUUGACACAUCUGCUCACUUAUUAAGCAUGUUUCUGAUGAUUGUGCCUGUUAAUGAGCUGGAUGGUGAUAAUAUGUGUUCCUCGAUGCAGAAAAAUUGGUGAUGCUGUUUAUCUUGGUACUUCAAGCUAACAGCACAGGCAACUGCAAAAUAGGGUGCUAAAAAACACAAAACAAAGAAAUGAAAUAGGACCUAAUCCACAUUUGACCAAGAUGGAAGCUUGGACUGGUUGGUUAACACUAGAAAUGAUAGACCACUGCAAAGGAUACUAACGUAAGAAAGACAUAACGGAGUGCCUGUGUGUGUCUUACAUCUGCCUUUCAUUUACGUCUUUACCAUUCCUAAUCUACCCAUGCCAUUUUUUUCUGUUU